AUGGUUCUCCUCCGCUUAACUGUCAAGGUCUUCCCUCCAGAGCCUCUCGGGCAACAAUCUACGCCGGAUACUACUGACGUUGACGACGAUCGCAAAUCCAUCAACUUCCUCCUGGUGGUGAGGAACCCGGAGGAAGUGGCUCUGGGGAGGUUGGCCUAUAUGAUACAGAACAAGUGGGCGAUUCUUAAACCUGAUGCUGGACCGCUCAAAAUUAAGAAGCUCGUGGAUGACAAGCACGCGGAGGAUGCCCUUGAUAUAGGAUUGACUGUGGCAGACGUGUUUGUGGACAGCGGAAAGGCUCUUACUGAUGGCUUGGAUCAGAGAGGGGCUAUACGGGUCAUUCAACAACCUGGGCGUCAGAGACGGUAUGGGUCUGUGGUGCAGGAUUGGGCUGCUGUAGCGAGCAAUUACGCGCGACCCCUUCCACCACUAUUUUCUGAUUCACCACGUCAUGAGCCUCGCUCCACGGCUUUCAGGUUCACGGACGGACCUGUCGCCGGCCCAUCGCACCAGGCGAAGGUUCCAGAGGCUGACUAUGCUCCUCGACCGGGCGAGACUGGCGAAGAAAUAUCCAGCAGACAAGAUAACCAUUACCACGCCUCACCAAUUUUAAUAGAAGACCCACAGAAAUCUAGAAACUUCAUAUCCUUUGCAGACAAAAUUCGAGAUGGAGAUUUACUGGAUGAGGAAAGCACUGCAUUAGGGAAAGCUGGUAAAUCGAUUCUGGCUAAUCAGGAGGAGGCAAUAGCCUAUGGUACCACUAUAAACGAUGCGUUGGAAUAUAGGAAUGAUGAAGCAAUAGCGCGAGAGUUAGAUCGACAGGGACCGCCAAAAACCAGUUCGCCUGGACCACAGGCUUCAACGCCACAGUCCUCACUGCCCAACCACGUGAACUCGAAAGUUGCAACGCCCAAUAAGAGACAGGUGGAGGAGGCAGGCGAUAUCUAUACCAUUCCGCCUACCGACCAAGAGGAUUUUAAGAAUCCGGCGAGGCAUCAGCCUGCCAAACGACAACGACGCAAGUUAAGUCGCGCCGAUGAAUUUACAAUCCAGGACAAUAAGAAAAUCCUCCUUGCGUCUACCGGGGACAGGCCGAACAAUGCAAUCAUAGUUGACAGCGAUAUAGGCGACAAUAGACCUACUGGUCAGAUCGAGAAGGAUUACGACGCUGUUAUCUCUAGUCAGUCAAGUGUUCGACGUGGGACUAGGAAAUCAAGUAUUCGUGGCCCAGGAAGGAAAUCGAUGGCACUUAAAUUGGCCAUUACGGCUCCUCGGAACGACAAAGAUUCCGCUGAGGGUUCAGCUUCUAUCACAAAAAUACCACCAAACAAGAAAUCUACUGUCUUAAUCCCUGACUCCGAUAUUGAAAUUGUCGACCCCCCCAAAGCAUCGACCCAGACUACCGGCGUUUGUCAAGUAGUUAUAACUCCUCCUUCAAAGAAUUUGCUAGUUGGUGGAAGCCACCGAGGAGUAAAUCGCAAUGCAACAACUGGUUCAAAUGGCAUUAAAUCCACGAAGAAAGAUUCGAGCCCAAAGGUCGACGCCUCCCCUUUAGCGCACGUGAAUGCUAGGGAUAGUAAUCCUAUUUACUCCGAUAUCUCAGACAGUGAUCCCUCGGAUGAUACUGGAUCCCCUGCAUCUGGAGUGCGACAAGAUACCAAAGUUGCGACUCCCCAGAAGGCAGCACAAAUGCCUUCCAGUCCGCGAGUCAAGACACUCCAGACUCCGGGCAGUAGUAGUACACGCAAAUUACGGACUCGAAAUGAUCCUAACGUUCGUGAAUUAUCAGAAGACCCAGAUAAACAAUCCGAGGGACCGUCCCACAGGACACCUAGUCGACCACCUGAUUCACAGGAGAUUGGACUGGGAAUUACCUCAUCACCAGUGAAACGCGCAAGAAGUCGUUCAAUGAGCCAAUUAGUUCCUGUAGCUGUAGUCGAUACCAACAGCAAUUCUAAGAGGGGUAUGUCGACCACUCCAGCGUUUACUCGACCCCGUACAGCAAGCCAAGCGCAAACAGAAGCCGAGAAAGUCAGCUCAGGCGAUCCGCAUACACCUCGUUUGUCGGUACUCCGUUCAUCCCAGAAGUUUUUACCCGGAAAUUUAUCCGCCCGGCGUUCGGUUUCAUUUGCAGACGGGCCAAACGUUGACAUACAGUCCACUCCCGUAUCUGCCUCAUCCGUCGAAAUCGGCAAUGGUAACACCGUGGACCCAGCUAGAGUGACACCAGAGUCACUUGAAUACAUACGUACCGAUCGUAAGCUGCAAAGGAAAAUCGAGGAGGCUAGGUUCCAGGGAAAGAGCGAAGAUUACUGUGAACUAUUACGAGAGAUUAAAAGUCUUACGGAGAAGCUUUACUAUGCCAAGCCGAGAGAGCCCGAAUAUAAGAUAGCCAAGUACGAAUACAAGUUGGACAUGGCCAUGAAAAAUCUUCGGAAUCAUCCCGAAGAGCACCACCCUGAUGAGAGCACUUCAGGGGAAGGUCGCCAUGACAGCCAUCAUCGUGAAGAAGUUGAGGAUGAGACAUCUAGAAAGAACUAUAACGAACGGCCAGGUUCCAUAAACGGGUCGCAAAGCAAAUCACAACACCAAAUUGGGUUUGAUGGUGCCUUUCCGGAAGACCCACCAGACCAGCAGCCCCGAGACCAAGAGUCCUCAGCUACUUCUACUUCUGGGGAUCCCCUGGUAUACCCUUCAUCUCCUUCCACGGGAGACUUUGUUGAAGCAGCUAAUUCAUUAUCAAGUAAGGGCGAUGGAGCCUCGGGAAAGGCGUUCGAGGAGGAAGAAACACCUAAAGACGGAAAUGGCCUGAAACGAAAAAUACAAGAGCCGGAAUCUGUCACUUCACCCAAAAACUCUAAGCGCCAUCGGCCAGACCACGACUCCUCUCAUCUAAUAGAACGUGGGCUAGGGACAAAUAAAAUGAAUUCCAGCACGUCAGAGCAAGAGCACCCGAAUGAACCCGACCAGCGCAACGGACAAUCCCCCUUCAAAGAUCAAAGAGCUGGAAGCAUGACAUCAUCGGGCUCAAGUAGUUCUGAUUCCGAUAGCGACUCAGAAUCCGACUCUAAUCAGACCCCCGACAAAAGCAUGCUAAGCAAGCACCCGUCUUUGCCUCCCUCCGGAACUUCAGCAAGGGCGAGGUUGAUCACUCCUUUUCGUAACAUCAAAAAAAACUGGCCAGUCACGGAUGCUCAGUGGCAUUCAGACGAUGGACCAUCAGCAGGAGAAAAUACUCAUACUGCCGCCAAUGCAACGACCCCUACGGCAGCUGUGGGUGGGUUAGGAACACCCUCAUUCUCGCAGCCUAAUCCUUCCAUCCUGAGAACAUCCAACGCCAAUGGGAGACCUCACCAUCACCACGGUCAACGCAGCACGUUGAAAUCACUGCUAUGUCAUCGGAAUGAGGGUGAGGAUGAGAGCAGUGCCAAAAGCGACUCUGAGAAUGACAACGUGCGGGGCGCUAAAGGGUUCACGGCGCUUAACUUCCUUCGCAAAACUGGGUUAAUGUAG